UCAUUAUUAAUUGGAAAAUUUGUCAAAAAUAAGUCAACCUUUAAUCCAUUAGCCCAAAAUAAGUCAAUCUUUUAAUUAAAUAAGAAUAAGUCAACUUUUAUAUAACAAUAUCUUUAAUUAAGCCAAAUUACCUACCACCUUCCCAACAAGUCACUUUAUUUUUUUUUUUUUUUAAAAAUUCCUCCACCCCUAUGAACCACUAUCUACCGAGCCACCACCUUUAAGCCACCCAACCACCACUGCCGUCUACCAAACAAUUACCCCAACCCCCUCACAGCAACGUGCCCCUUGAAGCACAACCUUGCCUCCAUCACCGCCCACCGUCCCACCAUUCUUCUAUGUAACCACCACAAGACUACUUUACACACACACAACCCAAAACAAAUAAUCAAUCAACCACUAAAAAAACCAUGGCUAAGACCAAUGCCACCAUUAGUCAUCCGUCGCCGUCGUCGACUCAUUUUCAUUGGACUAUUCUAACACCUCUUAAGUUGCCGUUGCAUUCCUCACUACAACUUUGUCACGGGCCCACCUGUCUUUCCACCAUACACUUCCACCCUUUUUAAUUUGGGUAUUUAAAAAAAAAAAUAAAAAAUUAAAAGGCUAACUUUUUUACAUACCAUGGAUUUGGAUCAAUAUUGGCGUUAAGGAAAGAAAAAGGAGUGGUGCAGGGAGAGGAGAGAGAAGGGGACGGUGGAAGCAGGGGCGGAGCUAGAAGGGGACGAGUGGGGACACUUGUCCCCCCAUUUUCAAAAAAAAAAUUUAAAAAAAAAUUUAAAAAAAAAAACAAAAAAACGCUAUUACAGAGUGCUCUGUGCGACAUUUGCAGCCAAACCCUAAGUCUUUCAAUUUUUAAUUUCUCUCUCUUCGAUUCGCCCUCACCUCGCCCGAGUCGCCUGACGCUGUCCACCGUUCUUCGGCAGUUCGCAGCAGUGAGGCCAAUGACGAAGUUCGACAGACGACAACGGACAACCUUCAAUUCGUGUGAAUCGUGUCUUCAUGAGUUCGUGUUUGCUGUUUGCAGCAGCAGCCCAGCACCGCGCCACCGCAGCACAGCCAGCAGUUUGGACGUUUGGUGUUCAAGUGUAAAGUGUUUGCAGCAGCAGUUCGCAAGUCGGCAACUUCGCAUUUACAGAUUUACUGUAAGGAGUAAAUCUGAAUUUCAAUGGAGGAAAUAUCAAAAGAUUCACCAAAUUCAAACAAAUCCAAGGCAACUAAACAACCCGAUCUUCGACAAUUCUUGUUUAAAAGAACGAGACUCAAUGAAAAUGAGUCCAAUAACUCACCUUCAGUUAGCUCCCCUCAAAGUCAAGAAAUUAGUAUGGAAAUGGGUGGUUCAAGUAAUAGUAAUGUACCAUUAGAGGAAGAUUUGGUGUAUGAUGUUGAACUUCUUCCUCAUGAUCCGGGAAAAAGAAUAAACAUUAUGGAUUACCCCGCAAAUGAACGAAAUGCUGUUAGGAGGGGUUAUAUUCUUAAAAAACCUUGCCAACCAAAAACUCAUGACUUCCCUACAAGACAAGUGUCUGGUUUGCGUCGCUUUAGUGUUCAUUGGUUCAACAAAUGGGAUUGGCUUGAAUAUAGUAUUGAAAAAGAUGCUGCAUUUUGUUUUGUAUGUUACUUGUUCAAGAAUGAAGUUGGUAUUAAACCGGGGGGUGAUGCAUUUGUUGAUGGAGGGUUUAGGGCAUGGAAUAAACCGGAAAGAUUUGAGAAGCAUGUUGGUGGAAUUAAAAGUGCUCAUAAUCUUGCUUAUGAGAAAUAUGUGAAUUUAAGAGAUGAAAAAAAGAAAUCAAUCUUGAAUGUGAUUGACAAUGCAAGUGAUGUGAUUAAAAGUGCAUAAUAGAAGAAGUUGGUGAUGAUUACUUUGCUAUAUUGGCCGAUGAGUCAAGUGAUGUGUCCCAAAAAGAACAACUAGCUCUUGUUUUGCGUUUUGUUGAUAGAGAUAGUGGAAAGGUAAUGGAGCGAUUUUUAGGCAUUGUUCAUGUUGCUAAUACUACCGCUUUAACUCUUAAAGAUGCAAUCAUGUCUUUACUUGUUGAACAUUCAUUGAGCCCAUCUAUGAUAAGAGGGCAAGGGUAUGAUGGAGCUAGCAACAUGAAGGGUGAAAUAAAUGGCCUUAAGACUUUGAUUAUGAAUGAUACUCCAAGUGCCUACUAUAUACAUUGUUUUGCUCAUCAACUUCAACUAACAUUAGUUGCCGUUGCUAAAAAGAAUGAUAGUUGUGGUUGGCUUUUCGAGAUACUUGGAAAUUUAUUGAAUGUGGUUGGAGUUUCUUGCAAGAGAAGAGAAAUGAUUCGUCAAGAUCAAGCUCAAGAAGUUGCUCGAGCCUUGGAUGUUGGGGAUAUUGUGAGUGGAUCGGGUUUAAAUCAAGAACUUGGUUUGAGUAGGCCCGGGGAUACUCUUUGGAGUUCUCAUUACAAGUCACUUUUAAAUGUCAUCCUCUUAUUUCCUACAAUUGUUAAGGUGCUUGUACAAAUUGGGAAGCAUGGUGCAUCGGAAGAUAAGUUCAAAGCUCAAAUUGUUUUAGGACAAUUAGAGUCAUUUGACUUUAUUUUUGUUGCUCACUUGAUGUUGACUAUUUUUGGAUACACUAAUGAUUUGUGUGUUGCUUUGCAAAGAAAGGAGCAAGAUAU